ACUUGAUAUUCCGCCCGCCCGCGCUCUGCUUUCCUUUCUCCCGUUUGUUGUCCUCCAAGCUGCGCCGGGCGCCGGAUCUGCGUUCCUGGGGCCGAUCUUUUGGAGGUGUUGGACACUGCACAAAAUCAUCCAGGAUGUUGAAAAGAACCAUGGCAAGCUUUGGCAAGAAGCUGAUCCGGCAGCGCACGGUGAACCUCGGCUCCGAGGAAACACAGCUAGCUCGUUGCCUGUCCACCCUGGACCUCAUAGCUCUUGGCGUGGGGAGCACCCUUGGAGCUGGUGUCUAUGUCUUAUCUGGGGAGGUGGCCAUGGAUCAGGCAGGCCCUUCCAUUGUACUCUGUUUCCUCAUUGCGGCAAUCUCAUCAGUGUUGGCUGGUCUGUGCUACGCGGAGUUUGGAGCCAGAGUGCCCAAGGCUGGCUCUGCCUAUCUCUACAGCUAUGUGACCGUUGGGGAGAUCUGGGCCUUCACCACGGGAUGGAACCUCAUUCUCUCCUAUAUGAUAGGGACAGCAAGCGUCGCACGUGCCUGGAGCUCCACCUUUGACCACAUCAUCGGCGGCCAUAUCUCCACUUUCUUCCAGAAUCGGACUGCCCUGCAUCUGGAGAACGUGCUGGCUAAAUAUCCCGACUUCUUUGCUCUCUUUCUGGUUUUGCUGCUUACAGCCUUGCUGUCAUUUGGUGUGAGCGAAUCUGCCCUGGUGAACAAAAUCUUCACCGCCAUCAACUUGCUGGUCCUCAGUUUUGUCAUCAUUGCUGGCUUUGUGAAGGGAGACGUUAAGAACUGGAACUUGUCCGAGGAGGAUUAUCAGAACCGCACGCAGAAACUUGUGGAGUCUGGAAGAAAAGUUGGGCUCUUUGGCAAUGGUGGCUUUUUCCCGUUUGGCUUUGAGGGGAUCCUUUCUGGGGCUGCCACGUGCUUCUAUGCCUUUGUUGGAUUUGACUGCAUUGCGACAACAGGCGAGGAAGCCCGCAACCCGCAGCGCGCGAUCCCCAUUGGCAUCAUCGUCUCUCUCCUCAUCUGCUUUGUGGCUUACUUUGGGGUUUCUGCUUCCUUGACCUUGAUGGUGCCCUACUUCCUGGUGGACAAGGAGAGCCCCCUGCCCGACGCUUUCAAGGCUGUGGGGUGGGAGCCAGCGCGCUAUGUUGUAGCCAUUGGCUCUCUCUGUGCCCUCUCCACAAGCUUGCUCGGUUCCAUCUUUCCGAUGCCACGAGUGAUCUACGCCAUGGCCGAAGAUGGGCUACUCUUCAGGUUUCUCUACCGGGUGCACAGCCGGACUAAGACUCCCUUGGUUGCCACAGUUGUGUCAGGCAUCAUUGCUGGCCUGAUGGCGUUUCUCUUUGAGCUGAAGGACUUGGUGAACCUCAUGUCGAUUGGCACUCUGUUGGCCUAUUCCCUGGUGGCUGUUUGCGUUCUCAUCCUCAGGUACCAGCCAGAGCUGUUCGGCACCUCCAGAGACUUGGAAAUGCUCGAGAUGAAUGGAAGCGAAGAAGAGAAGGUGGUAAUUAAUCACGCAGUCAGUGAUGGCCAAACGGCACUCAAAGAGAAGUUCACCUGGAGGAGACUUUUCUGCCCCUCUGCAGACACCCCAACUUGCCUCUCGGGGCGCAUUGUCUACGUCAGCAGCACGGUUAUCUCUGUAGCGAUCACUGCCUUGUGUGGUAUCCUGGCACAGCAGUCGGCGGCACUCAUGCGGCGCAGCGUUGGCUGGGUCAUCGCCUCUGUGCUUCUCCUUGCCAUUUUGCUCAUUGGCACGAUCAUCAUCUGGAGGCAGCCGGAAAGCAAGACACGCCUCAGUUUCAAAGUCCCUGGCCUGCCAUUGCUUCCUCUCUUUAGUAUCUUGGUGAACAUCUAUCUCAUGAUGCAACUGGAUGCAGGCACUUGGGCCCGCUUUGCUGUCUGGAUGGCAAUAGGCUUUGCCAUCUACUUUGGCUACGGGAUCCGCCACAGCGCAGAAGGACAGGUCACUCGGCAGUCAGCGAUGAGCAAACCUCUGCAAUGUCAGAGCCCAAGCCAAGAUGCAGAGAUCUGAGGAUGUGAAUCUUUCCUUGUCCCCACCAUCCACACACCACAGGUGCCCUUGAGCUCUUACCUGCCUCCUGCCCCUCCCUAUGGCAACAAGCAGGAGAUAACAAGAUCCCAGCAAAAUGAUAUCUUCAGUACAGUGUUGUCAACAGGGUCUUCCUGCAGGGAAGAACAGAAAAGGAAACACUGGUCAGGAGGCAGGGCAGAUGCAAGGCAUAGCCAAUACUCCUGGCCUAGGGGGUGGGAAGCCAACACCCCAGCCAAGAAGCUGCCACUCCCCUAAAGUCUGUGUUUAUUCUAUUUGGGCUUAGUUGGCUAGAAGUUGCCUUUCCCACGUGUAGAUGUAUGUGAAAACACCAGAUUGUCUGCAGUCCAAAAACAAGACUCUGUGUCCUGUAGCUAUAAGCUUUCUUGCUUUCCUUUUCUUGUUUGUAUAAAUGUCAAAAUGUUGGUGUUUUGUACAAUUAAAACUCCAAAGGACCUUUUUUAAAAAAGACAAACCAAACCAUUUUUUGUUAUGUUGGCCACACUUGAUGUCAGUUUACUUUCUUGUUAAGCUCAUAUUCAAUGCACUUGCGAAGGGAUUUUAUUUUCAAGAAAAGCUAAGAUAUGCGCCUCUAUGAGCUGUAAAAUUAUCCCAGGGCUUCUGGCAAGCUCAGUUUCGGCAUUGUGAAGCUGGGACACAAUCUCUUGAGUGGCUAUAGUCAAGAGUCCCAUUGUGGUAGCCCUUGCUGAAGGAUCAGCAGGGGCUGUUAAGAGACAAAUGCCAGGGUCCCACAGAUUUCAACUCCUAUAGCCAGACUCUUUCUGAGAACCCACACUGGAAAAGCCAACUUGGUCCUGCUUGUCAUGCAGAAUGACCACCUUCCCCUGCCCCCAACAAGUCAGUCAUUGUACACAACGAGGCAAGUAGCUGCUCAUUGCUGCUAUGGUGCUUUUAAAUGAUGGUGUACUGUAGGGCAUUAAAAGUAACAAGGCAUAUUUGAAAUCUUUUAUGCAGUGCCUCUGCUGCUCUUCACUGUAAUUAGCAAUCAUUUUUGCAACCUGUAUACAUUGAUUGUUUUAUUUUGGGUGUGUGUGCUCAUAAUUCUACUUGUUGUAAGGAUGGAAAACAUUUCUGCAUUGAUGUCCAUUCCAUGCAGCCUGCUUCCUUAUCUCCCUUUGCCCUGUUGCACUUAAAGCUUGUUUUGAGGUCUAGUAACUCCCUCCCCACAACCUUCAACUGUAAUGGUGAUUCACAGGAGCAUGAAUUAUGUAGGGAGUAUGUAUGUAUGCGGAGAAUUAUGUAUGCUUUUGAAUACCAGUUGCUCAAAACCAGAGAGUGGUAUUGUGCUCUGGUUCUGCUUGCGGACUUCUCAUUAGGGUAUCUGGUUGGCCACUGUGAGAACAGGAUGGUGGACUAGAUAGGCCACUGGCCUGAUUCAGCAGGCUCUUAGGAGUACGCAAGUGUCCGGCUGUACAUGCUAUAGUUCAGGAAAACACAAAAGCUCUUGGCUGGACGAUUGUGCCUGUACUGAUGCUGGUCUGUUAUGUAGCUGAACAUACGUAUCAGUCUAUUGGGCCAAGGUAGCUAUUUUUUUUUUAGCCAGGUAUUCUGUUUCAAAGUAAAUUCAUCUAGUUUCAUCUAAGCUAACCAAUGUUCUCAUCCAGCAUUUUCAGGCCUAUGUACUGUAGCUGUAAAACCUGAGUUCCCCAAGCUGUCUGGAACAUCUAAACCAGUUGAGCCUGGCAGGCUUUUGUGAUCUUGUUAAUCUGCAAAGCAGAGGCCUGUGUCCAACCUGAAACGUAAACAGAGUCAAGGGGAGUUUAAUAGUCAGACCUCUUGUUCUCUAUUACAGGAACCUCUCAGGGCUAUCCUCCUUGUGACAUUGUUGAUAGGAAGUGAGCUUGCAGAUCUAGAAGGGAACCUGCCAAGAUAGGCCCUGGCCUAUUUCAAGAAUAAAUAGUGUAAAUGUAAUCAUGGGGUCAAGCAGUCGCACUAUUAAGCUGGAUUUAUGGUGCUACAGAGGGACUUGUUCGCACCUGUUGAUGAAGCACUUUGGUUUUUUUUAUAUUAAGUGAGAGCCCAAGCUUUCCAUAUGCUUCUGCAAAGACAUUUAGGAUAGUUUGAAGAUCUUUCUCUGAACGUGCGGAGACUACAUUAUCAUCGGCAUAUUGAAGUUCUAUGACAAAGGUUGUAAUUACCUUACUUUUUGCUUUCAGCCUAGUGAGAUUAAAAAGCUUUCCAUACGUUCGAUAUACGAUUUCCACACCAGUAGGAAGUUUCCCUUCAAUCAGGUGUAGAAUCAUAGCAAUAAAGAUAGCAAAUAAGGUCGGAGCAAAGAUGCAGCCCUGUUUUACACCUGAUCCGACUCUGAAUGGAUCGCUCUUAAAACCAUUGUUAUCCAAAAUUGUCUUUGUCAAGUUGUCAUGAAGGAGUCACAAAAUCAGAAGUUUAUCAGGUCAUCCAGUUUUCAGAAGGAUGGUCCAGAGAGUGGUUCGAUUCACAGUAUCAAAGGCCUUCUUCAGAUCAAUAAACACCAUAUAUAAAGGUGGAUUCUGCUUCCGGCAUUUUUCCUGAAGCUGUCAUGCAGUGAAGAUCAUGUCCACUGUCCCCCUGGAAGGACAGAAACCAUUUUGGGAUUCAGGGAGGAUAUCUUCUGAGAUCGGCAGGAGGCGUUUUGCGAGGAUCCUUGCAGGGAUGUUACCUGCAGUAGCAAGAAGAUGCCUUGAUAGUUCCCACAAUGUGUUCUAUUACCCUUCUUAAAAAGAGUAAUAAUUAUGGCAUCCCUAAAGUCUUCUGGGAUCUCCUCCCUCAUCCAGAUUUUUUCAAUGAGCUUAUGAAGUUGUGUAAAUUCAGGCCUACCUUCUUUAAAGACUUCAGCAGGAAUCCCAUCAGGUCCACUAGCUUUGUUAUUCUUCAUUUGAUUAAUGACCCUAUGAAUCAGCGACCUCCAAUAGCAUCUGUUAUAAACCACCCUGUUCAGAUCUUGUAAGUUCAGGUCUGUGGCUUCCUUUAUGGAAUCAAUCCAUCUCUUGUUUGGCCUUCCUCUUUUUCUACUUCCUUCUGUUUUUCCAAGCAUUAUUAUCUUUUCUAAUGAAUCAUGUCUUCUCAUCAUGGGGUCAAAGUAUGAUAACCUGUUUCAUCAUUUUAGCUUUUAGCAAUAGUUCUGGUUUAAUGUGUUCUAAUGCCCAAUUAUUUGUCUCUUUCAUGGUCCAUAGUAUGCACUAAGCUCUCCUCCAACACAUUUCAAAUGUGUUGAUUUUUUCCUGCUUUUUUCACCGUCCAACUUUCACAUCCAUACAUAGAGAUCAGGAUCGAACAGAGAUCGGGAACAGUAGUUAUACAGAGAUAUUUUUCUUCACCAAGACAGGAAAAAGUGGCUCAAAGUGACAGACUUGCAAAUAGAUGCAGUUUCCCAGCUGAAACUUAUUUUUUGAUCAAGAACAGUCCCUACGCAUGUGCAUGCACAGCUAGUAACAUUUUCUUAAGCAGCAGAGUGAUCAAACACCAACACAGCCCCCCAUCUAAGACACUCAACAUCCAACAGACUAGUUCUUUCUCCAUCUCUUCCAUGUAAACUGGCAUCCAGUUUCUUAAAACUUAGAAACAAAGUUUUAGUUAGUACCAAUGUAGUACAUAACAGAGCUGAUUGGUACAAUAGUAGAGGCAAAUGAGUACAACAGAUUUUAAUAAGGUAUCCUGUCUGGCUAGUGAACUACCAGAGAACCAAACUUGGAGGUUGCAGCAAUGAUAUUAAUGGAUAUUGGGGGUUGAGAAAAGGCUCAGAGAUAAUUAUAGGAAGCAGAACCUACUUCACUUUCAAAAACUGCAACUAAGAAAGUAGCUGCUGUUUUUAGAAAUGGCACCUGAUGAAUAUCAACAUGUGUUGCUUUCCAGAAUUGGAAGCCUUAUCCUGCUGAGCAGAAACAGAAACCCAGGCUAACUCCAGAGAGCUAGUAACUUAAGAGCAUCCCUUGAGCAUAUUUGAUGUGGUUAGCUGGAGCCAGAGGAGUGGGGAACAGGCUAAUGCCAACAGUUGGCAAAAGGCCAGAGCAUAUGAUGGCUGCCAGAUCCUUAUCUGUUGUAAAUCAGUUCUGACAGAACAGAUUGCAAAAUAAACUUAAUAAAGAGCCACUGGCUCCAAGCUAGGGAAUGGGUUUUUUUGUGUGUGUGUGUGUGUGUGUGUAUGUAAAGCUCACACCCCCACUCUCUUCCCCUACCCACCCUCUUUAUGAAUAAGUGGCAAUAAACUCAGGGUUUAUUUAGUCCUUGCUGGUAGUACUCCACUGCUUUUUGCCCCAUUCUUUAUUUUAGCUCUCCCCCCACAAAUAAAGUACACGUCUAUACAGACUGCUAGCAGCUCCGCAGGAUUUCAGGCAGGAGCUUUUUCCAGCUCUGGCUGGAGCCACCACAGAUCGAACCUGGGCCUUUCUUAUGCAAGACAGAUGCUCUACCACUGAGCUGCAGCCCUUCCACAGAAUUCUCUGAAGACUGAAUUAUGAUUUGCAUAUUGAAAAUGAAAUUUCAAUUACAGUGUUAGGCAAACACACCCUCCCUUCUUUCUAAAGCUGGCACUUAUGGGGGUAGUUCCUCGAGAUUCUAGGGUAACCUGGUCUUUUGCCCAUUUAAAGUACAAACAGGUACUUUCCAGUAUGAAGUAGGUCACUCCUCUUUGGACUGCAGAAAUAAUCCUUGGGAUUCCAGCAAAAGCUCAACAGUUGCACUUCUCUUCUGUGUACACCAACAACGCAUGCAUGUAGACGAGGGAUACAUAACAAUUGUAGUGCCAAAUUCCAUAAACCGGUUAACAGCUCUAGUCCUAGCCUUGUAGUGUACUUCAUUUACCCAAACCUUUCCAACAUAAGAGCUUCAGCAAGUGACCAGGGGCCACAGGGAAUUCAUAGAUAGUAUAUUUAGCAGUAGUUCCACACUUACAGGAACACUUGAUGUUUCCUCUUUGUGAUGGUGGGGGAAGCCUUGCAGACAAUUUCAUGGAAUUACACAGAAGUUCAACACAAUAAAAAAGUACUAUACUGUGGGAAAUUAAGUGCCUACAAGAGUAAGGCUCAGACCAAAUCUGGAGGUUAACCAUCUCAGUACAUACAAUGACCUUGUCUUUGCACUGAACAUGUAAGAUGUUAAGAAGAGUUCUCUGUAACAACAUGUGACCUGCAGCAUCUGAAGACAGUUGUUGGACCAAAUAAAAAGUAUUGUCACACAUUCUUGUGCUUUGUGGU